AUGACUCUAUGGGGUAAAGUGACCGGUCACAAGGCAGUGGAGGACCUAGGAAGUCUGAUGCUGCGCCUGAAUGCGCAUGCCAUCCGUACGUACGUUCUAAUGACUUCGGACAACACCAUUCACCCGCCCGAGAUCGUGGCGAAUCACGUCACUGGUAUUUUCUUCGACAACAAGGUCUUUUACAACACGUGGUUCCUCGAUAAGGUAUACGCGAUCCAUGUCAUCCAGAUGAUCCCUGUGUGUGUGAUCAGCGAGAUAUAUCGCACGCCGACAUUUGUGAAACAGGAAUGGACCGACAUUUUGUCGAAGGAUGAGAUCGUCACCACGCCGAACAGUAACAACACGUGGUUGUCGUUGUUGUUGGUAAAUGCGGCGAUAUUGGAUCCGAUGAACUCGCUGCGCAAACUGCAGAAUGCGUCCAUGGAUGAUGGUCUGUCUUUGUCGUGGGCGCUGUACAACGCUGCUACUCGUGGCUCUGGACCAGGUGUUGGUACCAAUGCCUGA